CAUCAAGGGCAUAGAGUGAGUUGAUGAUACCUGUCAAAGAAAAAUAGGUUAUUGGAAUGUCUUGAGUGUCUCAGAAACUCCAGUAUUAAGUCCUUCUGAUCACCGGAUUGCUGCUUGAGAACUUUCUUUUUCUUUCCUGCUUCACCUUUUAGAUGUUAGCUGAUAACAAGAAAGGAAGAGAACACAGGUAAUAUGGGAAGAGGACAGUAUUUGGUCAACCACUAGAUGACAGCAGCAAUGCACUUUCUUUCGCUCAGAUCAGACUUGGAAGGAGGACACCAUGGGUAUCAGGGAGGAACUGCAGAGCCGUCAGUUCUGGUGUAGCCUAUUGGCAGAAGCCACAGGCACCCUUAUCUUUGUCUGGAUAGUGCUGGGUGCCUCAUCCCCCGCUGGUCCUAAAGAUGUGCUGCCUACUUCGCUCCAACCAGCCCUUGCUGCAGGACUGGUAGCUAUCAGUUUGGCACACUGCUUUGGUAAGAUCAGUGGUGCCCAAGUCAACCCCGCACUCACUAUGGCCUUCCUGUGCACUCGUAAACUGGAUGCUCUGCAUGCCUCAAGCUAUAUUCUAGCCCAGUGUCUGGGUGCCAUCUUAGCAUCAGGCUUUUUUUAUCUCAUUUUACCGAACUCAGCCAUUGGGCAAUUGGUCACAAAGGUCAGCACUGAGGGGAAUGCUGGACAGGCUCUGGGGAUGGAGCUCUUUUCCACUUUCCAGCUGGCUCUCACCAUUUUUGCUGUAGAAGAUCACCGGAGGCAUGAACUAGGGGAGCCUGCUGGGAUCUUGGCUAUUGGUUUCUCUGUGAUAGCAGGAGCUCUGGCUGCGGGUACCUUCUCUGGAGGCAGUAUGAAUCCAGCCCGAUCUUUGGGUCCAGCUGUCAUCACAGGAUUCUGGGAACAUCAUUGGGUGUAUUGGCUUGGCCCUAUUCUGGGUGCUGUUCUGGCUGGAGUAUCCUAUGAAUUCUUCUUUGCUGACAGUGCUUCACGGGAAAAGCUUGUUGCCUGCCUGACCUGUCGUGACAUUGAGAUGGUGGAGGCGGCCAGCAUGUCUCGGUCUUCACUCUCUGCUGCUGCUCAGGCUAAAUCACCUGACAAGGAAGAACAUGGCGCUGAGUAGGAAGCUACAGCAAUUCCCCAUCUCUUUGUCUUCUUGUGAAGCCUCUGUUCAGCUCCCAGCUUCCUUCCACCUCAUGCAGUUUCAUAUAUAUUUAUAUCUGUACUGGCAUUAAGUGUUUUGAGGCUGGUGCUCUUAAAGCACAGCACUGCCAUCAUGACCCUACCAGA